AUGACAGCCAGUAUUCCCUGUGCAAGCUGUAUUUCCUCUGGAAAAUCGGAUAUUUGUACAAACAAUGAGGCUACUCAAGUAACAGAAUACAGCAGUAAACCCACUACGACGAACAACAACAACAAAAAAUCUACGGCAAAUAAAGGCUCAAAAAGAGGAUACAAAUCGCAUGUUCCAAGUGCCUGCAUUAAUUGUAAAAUAGCCCACUUAGCAUGUGAUGUCUCUCGGCCUUGCAAGCGAUGUGUUUCGCUCAAUAAGACAGAUACUUGCCAAGAUAUGCAACAUAAGAAACGAGGAAGACCAAAACUUCGAGAAAAGCCAGCCUAUUCCUCCAAUGAGCAUACGUAUGAGAUCUUAUACGGCACAAUCCAAACUCCCACAAUUACCAUGAGAAACAGGAGUAUUAUACCAAGCCAACAAGUGCCACCUUUUAAAUCAAAAACUACUUCGCAUUCACCCAAGAAACGAUCUUCGUCUGUCAUUUCUUUUAUACAUGAACCAAUUGAGUCGUUUCAGCAACAACAAGUAGAGCAAACACCAAUAUCAGUUGAUGCAACUACUGCCCAAGGCUUAACUAUAGAAACCGUUAUUCCUAGCAUAUCGUUGUCAACAAGCCCUCCAUUAUCAUUUAUAUCUCAACCAUUACCACUCACUCCUCAGCAACAGCCCAUGAUAACAGAGACAAUCAGUCCUUAUACACCGACUAGUAUCAAUAGUUUCGUUCCAGUAGUUAGUAACAGUGUUUUCCAACCUACAGCUGAUAGUCCAAGUUUGUCUAUUAUUCUGUCUAUGGAAGUCUGUUGUGCCAAAGUAUCAGAUGAGACAAUCAAAUGUUGGGGCUAUUAUCCUCAAGAACUUGCUCAUCGCUCAUUGUAUGAUUUCAUUUCUUCAAAAGACACAGACCGCUUAGCUAGACUACAUAGACUAUUGAUUGAUAAUUCCAUUGAAGUCAUGAAAGCAUCUUGUCCUGUCGAUCAAGACACACUUGCAUUACCGCCUACAGAACGAACAACGUCUGCCUUAUUUAGCAAUGCAAACCAUCAAUCGCUUUGUACCAUUGCUAAUGGUUCUCGGUCUUUUUCUGAUACAAUUCACAUCAAGAAAAGAACAGGCGAAUAUGAACUGUAUGAAGUGAUUGUCUAUAUUGGUGGAGGUUUGGGUGCAGACUUAUACAAUGUUUCCAGUCUAUCGAAGCAAUACAUUGUUGCUCAAUUCAAAAAGCAUGAAUAUGAAGUGAAAACGCGGUCAAGUACAGUAGCUCCUACAAUAACAAUACAACCACAAGAAUUUAGUAAUUUACUACAGGAGGAAGAUUUGUAUACACUACAACCAUUUGCUGUCUUCUCACCCAUAUCACCUUCACCACCUACAUCGCCGCCCAACAAUACUAAGUCACCCAAAACAAUCACCAAGAACCGUCUAUCUUCCAUUCAGAAAUUUGCACCUCAGACUUCUUCAUAUAAACCAUCUAAUACGACGUCUCCUAAAUUCAACAUUGCACCCAUCACAAGUAAAAACGUAACCAGCCCAAGCCCCCUAUUAAGUCGGUUUUCCUCUCCAUCAGCUGGAUUUGGAUCGACUUCUUUGAUAUCCUCGCCUGCUUGUAUUCGCAUGAGAAACACAGGUUCAGUGACUGUGACACAUCCAACGCAGCAAUAUUUCUUACAGACAUCCAGUAGUACUUUGAAUGCCGCUGCUUCGGCCGCACAGAAUAAAUCAAGGCACACAGUCACACCAGGUGGACCAACGGCCGAGACGACUGUUGUACCAGACAGAAAGAUAGAGAUGUCUAUUCGAUCUUUGUUGUGCUAA